UGCAGAACCACUGUCCUCAGGUAAGAGUCACACAAACUCAGGCACUUCAGCAGUUUAUUAUGGAAGUGUUUUAGACCAGGGGUGUCCAGCUUCAGUCCUCAAGGGCCACUGUCCUGCUAGUUCUCCAACUCUUCCUACUGAUUACAAGUUUUUCAAGAUUUUAAGUAAGUCAGUCUACUGUAAGUUUUUCCCAACAACUAAAGGACAACAACGCAGAGAAUGUUUGUUCUACUGAAGUGAACAUUCAGGUUUGACCAAAGUGACGCAGGGUAAACCUGAAACCAAAAAGCAGCUCAGUCUAAGGUCCCGAUCUCAAUGAGUUUGUACCAGUGACCCAGCUCAGGCAUCUUUAACUCCACUGACUGGACUCUAAUAUGUGAGGAAAACCAGGACCAGGAGUGUCUGUUGUCAUCACCACGGCUCAGCUUCAUGUCUCCUUUAGUGACUGAUAGUAGAAGUGGAGCAGCUCGUGGCACCUUCCUCUGACUGCAUCCAGCUGACACUGAUACAGUAUGAAACAAAGAAGAGACAAUCAGUAACAACAUCAGCUGCUCAUCUACAGCUGAUAUUGUUACAGAACUGAUAAAGAAGGGGAGUUUGCAGUUAAUGUGCUGAUCAAUGAUUUGUGUUUUCUCCACAUGAUGGCAGAAAGUGUGUGUAAGAUGAUGGAUCAGGGUGAGGACAAAGAAGAGGGAACCACUCUGUCUGAAACCAACGCUCAGAGGUCCCAUCAGAGACAAGAAUCUGCUGGACCUGGACCUGAAUCCAGCUGUUUGUCCUUGAAGAGCAGCCAGUCAAAGGGACACCCUAAUGAUUUUAGUGACCAACCUACAACUGAGUCUAAGGAGGACGAAGAGCAGAGGAUGGAGCAGGAGGAUGCAGCUGUCUGUCUGCAGGGCGGUUUUUCUGUUACUUCAGGAGCUCCUGGAGCAGUUUGUCAGCAUCGACUUAAAUCUCGCCUGAAGCAGAAGUUCCAGUGUGUCUUUGAAGGCAUCAUUAAAUCAGGAAACCAAGUCCCUCUCAACCAGAUCUACACAGAGCUCUACAUCACAGAGGGAGGAACUGGAGAGGUCAACAAUGAACAUGAGGUCAGACAGAUGGAAACAGCCUCCAGGAAACCAGUCAGAGCAGAAACAUCCAUCAAACCAGAAGACAUUUUUAAAGGCUCAGCUGGAAGAGACGGAGCCAUCAGAACAGUGAUGACAAAGGGAGUGGCUGGCAUUGGAAAAACAGUCCUAACACAGAAGUUCACUCUGGACUGGGCUGAAGACAAAGCCAACCAGGACAUACACUUCAUACUUCCAUUCACCUUCAGAGAGCUGAAUGUGCUGAAAGAGGACUUUAACUUGGUGGAACUUGUUCAUCACUUCUUCACUGAAACCAAAGCAGCAGGAAUCUGCAGCUUUGAGCAGUUCCAGGUUGUUUUCAUCUUGGACGGUCUGGAUGAGUGUCGACUUCCUCUGGACUUCAACAAGACUAAAACCCUGACUGAUGUCACAGAGUCCACCUCAGUGGAUGUGCUGCUGACAAACCUGAUCAGGGGGAACCUGCUUCCCUCUGCUCGCCUCUGGAUCACCACACGACCUGCAGCAGCCAAUCAGAUCCCUCCUGGCUGUGUUGACCUGGUGACAGAGGUCAGAGGGUUCACUGACCCACAGAAGGACGAGUACUUCAGGAAGAGGUUCACAGAUGAGCAGCAGGUCACAACAAUCAUCUCCCACAUCAAGACGUCACGAAGCCUCCACAUCAUGUGCCACAUCCCAGUCUUCUGCUGGAUCACUGCUACGGUUCUGGAGGAUGUGAUGAAAACCAGAGAGGAAGGAGAGCUGCCCAGGACCCUGACUGAGAUGUACAUCCACUUCCUGGUGGUUCAGACCAAAGUGAAAAACAUCAAGUAUGAUGGUGGAGCUGAGACAGAUCCACACUGGAGUCCAGAGAGCAGGAAGAUGAUUGAGUCUCUGGGAAAACUGGCUUUUGAGCAGCUGCAGAAAGGAAACCUGAUCUUCUAUGAGUCAGACCUGACAGAGUGUGGCAUCGAUAUCACAGCAGCCUCAGUUUACUCAGGAGUGUUCACGCAGAUCUUUAAGGAGGAGAAAGGACUGUACCAGGACAAGGUGUUCUGCUUCGUCCAUCUGAGUGUUCAGGAGUUUCUGGCUGCUCUUCAUGUCCAUCUGACCUUCAUCAACUCUGGAGUCAAUCUGCUGUCACAACAACAAUCAAUAUCCCAGAUGUCAACAAGACAAGACAAAUCUGCAGAGACCCAGUUCUACCAUGAUGCUGUGGACAAGGCCCUACAGAGUCCAAAUGGACACUUGGACCUUUUCCUCCGCUUCCUUAUGGGUCUCUUAUUGCAAUCCAAUAGAACUUUUCUACAUUGUGUAAUUACCCAGACAAAAACUAAUUCAAAGACAAAUCAGGAAACAGUUCAGUACAUCAAGAAGAAGAUCUCAGGGUCUCUCUCUGCAGAGAAAAGCAUCAACUUGUUCCACUGUCUGAAUGAACUGAAUGAUUGUUCUCUAGUUGAGGAGAUCCAACAGUACCUGAGAUCAGGAAGUCUCUCCACAGAUAAACUGUCUCCUGCUCAGUGGUCGGCUCUAGCCUUCAUGUUACUGUCUUCAGAAAAAGAUCUUGAUGUGUUUGACCUGAAAAAAUUCUGUGCUUCAGAUGAACAUCUUCUUCGACUGAUUCCUGUGGCAAAAGCAUCUAAGAAAGCUCUAUUCAGUGACUGUAACCUGUCAGAGAGAAGCUGUGAAGCUCUGUCCUCAGUUCUCAGCUCUCAGUCCUCUAGUCUGACAGAACUAGAUCUGAGUAACAACGACCUGCAGGAUUCAGGAGUGAAGCUACUGUGUGACGGACUGAAGAGUCCUCACUGUCAACUGGAGACUCUCAGACUAAGCGGCUGUAACCUGUCAGAGAGAAGCUGUAAAGCUCUGUCCUCAGUUCUCAGCUCCCAGUCCUCUAGUCUGAUUGAACUGGACCUGAGUAACAACAACCUGCAGGAUUCAGGAGUGAAGCUACUGUCUGAUGGACUGAAGAGUCCUCACUGUCAACUGGAGACUCUCAGACUGAGUGACUGUAACCUGUCAGAGAGAAGCAGUGAAGCUCUGUCCUCAGUUCUCAGCUCUCAGUCCUCUAUUCUGAGAGAACUGGACCUGAGUAACAACAACCUGCAGGAUUCAGGAGUGGAGCUACUGUGUGAUGGACUGAAGAGUCCUCACUGUCAACUGGAGACUCUCAGGCUGUCAGGUUGUCUGGUCACAGAGGAAGGCUGUGCUUCUCUGACCUCAGCUCUGAGCUCCAACCCCUCCCAUCUGAGAGAACUGGACCUGAGCUACAAUCAUCCAAGAAACUCAGGAGAGAAGCUGCUGUCUGGAGUGGAGGAUCCACACUGGAGACUGGACACUCUCAGGGUGGAGCCUGGUGGAGUCCAUUGGUUGAGACCAGGUCUGAAGAAGUAUUUCUGUCAACUCACAAUCGACACAAACACAGUGAACAGAAAACUACAACUGUCUGACAACAACAGGAAGGUGACACAUGUGAAGGAGGAUGAGUCAUAUCCUGAUCAUCCAGACAGAUUUGACUACUGGCCCCAGCUGCUGUGUAGUGAUGGUCUGACUGGUCGCUGUUACUGGGAGGUUGAGUGGACAGGAUGGGUUGAUGUAUCAUUGUGUUACAGAGGAAUCUCAAAAAAAGGAAACACUAAAGACUGUUUGUUUGGAAACAAUGAUCAGUCCUGGAGUCUGAGCUGCUCUAAUGGUCAUUACUCUGUCUGUCACAAUAACAGGGAAACAUCCAUCUUCUCCCCUGUGUCUCACAGAGUAUCAGUGUAUGUAGACUGUCCUGCUGGUUCUCUCUCCUUUUACAGAGUCUCCUCUAACAAACUGAUCCACCUUCACACCUUCAACGCAACAUUUACUGAACCUCUUUAUCCUGGGUUUAGGUUCUGGUCUCCUGGUUCCUCAGUGUCUCUGUGUGAUGUGUAGUAGUGGGAGAAGUCAGAGAAAUUAACAUAAACAUACAUGUAAACAGUUAAAACAAAUUGAAAUUCCAGGUUCUGAUCAACCUGUGAUAAGCAUUGUUGCCUUGCAGAAAAAGUCUUUCUUGAUAUUGUCUCUGGAGAUAUGUGUCAAAUAAAACUCAGAUUGUUUAAUAAUGCAAAUGUAUCAAUGGAAUAAGGUGUCAAAGGAGGGAUUAACACUAUAAAAUGUAGAAGGAAGAUGACAAGUAUGUUCAGAUAUUCACUGUACGUUUCUCUGAAUGUCAACCUUUUUGAGUAAUAAACCUAACUGUGCUUUUGAA